AUGGAUUUGAUUCAGGCACUAAGGGACGUGGCAGAAGUGGAUAGGCUGGUCGGUAGCAGCAGCAGCAGCAAGAGAUUGAGGUCCCGAUCUGGCCCCCUGAGAAUGGGUGGUGCUGAGUCAGCAGCAGGCCUUGCUGCUGAGUCAGCGGGUCUUGCGGCUGAGUCAGCAGGCCUUGCUGCUGAAUCAGCAGCCACUGCUGGGUCAGCAGGCUCGGACACGUCAUCAGCGGUGGAAGCAGUUGCUGCGGGUGGUGCUGCUGCAUCUGCUUGUGCAGUGGGAGCAACAGCAGCAGUAUUCAGAGCAGCAGGAGCAGCACCAGCACCUCCAACAGCAGCAGGAGCAGCAGCAGCAGCAGGCGGAGCAGCAGGAGCAGGCGGAGCAGCAGGAGCAGGCGGAGCAGCAGGAGCAGGCGGAGCAGCAGCAGCAGGCGGAGCAGCAAGAGCAGGCGGAGCAGCAUAG